AUGACAAGCAACAUAAAAAUCCCAUGCAAAUUAAUCAAGCCAUGGUUUUGGGUAACUUUGCACCGGCGAUCAGUGGAUGGACUGACGGGGAAGGUGGAGGAGUACGAGGAAUUGGCGGCAACUAAAUCGUCUAGGUUGCAUGCCCACGAAAUAGGACCAGAUGUGGAUCCCAACAAACGGCUGCUUGACACCAAGUCCAAGGACUGGGCUUGCCAACACCUAAACGCUGCCAAUGCCGGCUCCGCAUCCGACUCGUCGCAGUCUGCGUAUAAUGGACAAGCCAGUGCCUUCUCACAAGCCAGUGCCUCCUCACAAGGCGCCUCCUCACAAGGCGUCUCAAACGGUGGCUCGCAGGGUGUUCCAACGAUUUCGGAACUCUGGAAUGGCUCGGGGACAGGUGACGCGAGCAACCAAGAUAACUACGGUUCCGGCUUCGAGAUAGACGAGGUCUCUGCUGGCGUCGGACGGCAAGAUAUGUCGAGUGGAACCGCCGUCACCGGGGGAGGGGGAGCCAGCGGAGCGGGAAGUGCCACCGCCUCGUCAUCCAGCGACUACGCAGCAAGUGAUUCGUCCAACGCGAGUGCUUCAUCCGACACCUAUCCCAUCACGUCAACCACCAUCACUGCCGAUAACCCAACAACAGCAACUAUUUUGGUGGAUAAAACCGCAGCCCAAAUAUACAGCCGUUCCUGGCUGGUUUAG